CCGGAAGUACCUUGGGGGUGGCGUUAAAAACUAUGAGCACGACCGUUGGCAAAUUAUUAUUUUUUUCAGUUACAGUGUAUACAUAGUGUAUACACACUAUCGAGCGCUAUUUUAUCGCGCGCUAUUUUUUGUAUAGCAGUUGCAAUAUGGUACAAACGACGCGACACAGUUCAUGUAAACCAAUGCUGUCUUAUUUUGAAAUUUGCCACCGGAAACAUGCCAAUUCACGUUCGCCGUCUUGACGCGAUAGCCAUUCGGCAGAGAGAAAGGAGCUGGAGAGUAACGGGAACUCGGCUGCUUUGGAAAUUAAAUUAAAAUAGAGGGAAAACGGCGACGAAAGCGGAUACCCGGGACCUAAAACAGGCUGGUAGUAUUUGCUUCCCAUGUUUGGGAUAAUAGAUGGUGAAGUCCCUAAUUAAAGAAGAGGCAAAGACCAGGCUGAAGAUGCUUCCCAUUCUCUUCCUGGAUCUACUUCUUCACAAGCUUAGCUUAGUUUAGAGCAUUUUUCCUCCAGCGUCUUCAUAAUACCGAGACUGCAAGAGAGGAGACCAGAAACACAUAAACGUUCACAUCCUUUUAUUGCCUCUUGUUCCUCUCCUGGCAGAGCCAGCUUAGUGAGAUUUUUGGCACAGCCCCAAUAUUUGCUACCACAUUAUUGAAACCAUGGCAAACAUGUGCCCUUAUGGCCAUUUCACCCACGCCGUGGUGAGGGGCAUUCCAGAGACCUUUGGAAAGAAAGCAGGGGACAGCCAGGAGAACGGGGAGGUUUCGGUGGACCUGGCCAAAGCUCAGCGUCAGUUCGGUUGCCUGACUGGAGCGUUGAGGCAGAAGGUGGGCCUGCAGCUGAUCGAGAUCCCCCCUGACCCCGAGCUGCCAGAAAGCUGGAAGAUAGAGGAUGUGGCUGUCAUCCAGGGAGACACGGCGCUCAUCACCAGGCCCUUCAAAGAGCAGAGACAAAGCGAGGUGGAGGCGGUGAGGAGGGUGAUGUCGGAGCUCAACCUGACUGUGGUGGAGAUGGACGGAGAGCAGAGCGACUCUGUAGGUGCCACGCUGGAGGGCAGCGACAUCCUCUUCACGGGGAGGGAGUUCUUUGUCGGCAUCUCCUCCCACACCAACCGCAGAGGGGCGGAGGUGCUGGCAGACACCUUCAGGGACUUUGCCGUGUCGACUGUCCCCGUCUGUGAUGGAGCCCGACUGAAAAACAUCUGCUCCAUGGGAGGCCCAAAUACCAUCAUCUUCAGCAACAGUGAUGGGGCCAAGAAGACACUCCGGAUGAUGGAACAGCUGACUGAUCACCACUACGAUGUGCUCACCGUCCCAGAGGAGUUGGCAGCAAACUGCAUUUACAUCAAAGGUCUGUCCAAACGGGACUUCCUGCUGCACCGACCAGCAGACGAAUGCCCUGACAGCGUUUCUGCCUUCCAGAAGCUGCAGGACUACACCCUCCUGCCGACAGCCUGCAGCGAGGCCUCCAAGCUGGGAGCGUCUCUGUCCUCACUCUGCCUCCUUGUCAACAGAAAGCAUACAUAUUUCUGAAAACACGCCCACGCCACUCAGCAUUUAUCUGCAGGUGUUCGCAGUGGUGGGGGUAGUGAUACUAAUGUGCAGUAUUUUGAGACAGAACCAGCCACCUGAUUUACUGCACCACUACCCCCUCUGCUGAACGAACAGCGCUGCACAAUGUCCUUAAAUCUACUCAUGAAACCACUAGAUGAAGCUGUAGUUUUGCACUGUUCCAACUCUUUCAGUCCACCAAAGUAAAACCGUAACCCCACAGGAAAGUCUUCACUGCAAGUUUCAUUCUGUAUAUAUGCAGAUGUUCAAUACCUUUUUAGACCAAAGUGUGAAGGAAAAGCCAAAGGCAACACUCAGCCCAGCAUUUUUUUUUAUUUUUUAAACUUUUCUCACCAAAUUGAUGUAAUCUAGAUUAGUAAAGGGGCAUUACGUCUGCUUUCCAGAAAUCUGAUGUCUCUUAACAUUACUGCUUGUGAUAAUCCCCUUUAAAUGUUUUCUUGGCUAACCUAAGACUUUUUGCCCACAUUUACUACAGUGUACAGCUUUCAUAUCCACAUUUCAGUACUUGGGUAUUAACUGUUUUUAAAUUGCAGACCAUCUGUAGCUGCUAGGUGUUGAUUCAGAUUUGAUUUAGCUUUGCAGUGUAUGAAUUUGUCCCAAGUGUAGAAAUAUUAAAAUCCAGCUUCGAACUUUUAGUGGUACUCUUAUUCCUGUGUAAUUCAACUGCCAGUUCUUUAGGUACAUCAGGCUAAAAUAAAUGUAAAUCUAGUCUUUUCAUUUAUUUUCUACUUGUCCAAUUCAGAGUCUCAGUGGGGCAGCAGCCUAUCCCAGCUGUUAGCGAAACCUUGGAUUGCUCACCAGUCUAUCGCAGGGAGAGUACAGACAUGCAACCCCACAUUCACACCUAGGACCAAUUAUGCAGAAAACAAACACAUGCAUUGAAAGACACCAGCUAAUCAAUCGUAUCAAAUCUGGCACCUUUGGGGGAGGCUACAGUGCUGACCAACUGAGCCAGUAAACCAGUAGCCAUCACCAGUGCCACCCAUCCAAAAUUAAAAUAUUACAGCUUGAUUAAGGGAAAAGUUGUCACAGCACUAACCAAUAAGAUAAUUUUACCUUGUAGUUUAACUCAGAACUCCAGCUUUCCAUCACAGAAUCAAAGGCUUGUGUAUGUGGUGUCCAAUAAAACACUCAAACUCAACAGAAAUUUCUUGAUUUAUUUGUUUUGUUAGAAAGUGAACAUGUUUAACGGUUGGACUUGGCAACUCUCUCCAACUCGUCCUUCUUCUUGAUUGCAUAAGAGUUAGAUGAACCCUGCAAAGAGAGAGAAACUUAAGUUUAACAGGGCUCAGAACAGUUUCUCAUAUGUGUCAGCUCUGAUCACUAAAAAGGUUCCAACAUAAUUGGUAGGAUGUAAUCAGAGUCCACUAAGUCUGUUACCUUAGCUGCAUUGAUCAGCUCAUCAGCCAGGCACUCAGCGAUGGUCUUGAUGUUCCUGAAAGCAGCUUCUCUUGCUCCCGUGCACAGCAGCCAGAUGGCCUGCAAGACGAGACAGAGCACACGUUAGUGAGGUGAAACGGGUUAAACUCCAGAGACAUGACCACAGGCCAGCAGUGAAAUGUAUCUGAGUUGGUGAUUGGCUGGGCCACGACAGACUACAGCCAAUGAAUAAGCAAAGACUUUUAAUCUACGAGCACUCUAGCACACCAAGACAACA